AUGUCCACGACGCGCCCAAGACCGAAACCGCGUCGCGCUCAGCCCGCGCCCGCUCUCUGCUCCCCCGAGCCUUCCAGUUCCACACCCCCUCCAACGAUUGUCAAAGCCAUAAAUGUUGACGAUGAGGACUCUUUGUUCAUGCGGAAUCGAAACCGCACAGCACAGGCAUGGAAGAAGUUGAAUAAGGUUGCGGAAGCACAGGAAGCGAAGCAACAAGUCAUAGAGAUAUCAGACGAUGACAACGAAGGCGUGAAUGCGACGCCUCGUCGACGGAAGAAGCUCAAUAAGAAGUCAGAGAACGGCGGGACACUUCCGAGCUGGACCAAGAUGUCUGCCAAAGAGAUGUGCGUUUCGCACUUGACAUCUGAGGAUGAAGAUGAGCUUUUGCAACGCAUUCAAAGGCAAACACCCAACGGGAAGCGCCGUCGCGAGCCAGAGUGCGAUGAGCGAAAGGACACUAAGCGCUCCCGUAGUCGCUCGAGGUCGAUCACACCACCCCCUGCAGUGCCUGAACAAGCUCGGCAAUAUGCUCGUGAAGCUAUUCGGCAAAUCAUGGGAUCUGUUCCUCGCGCAGCAUCACCUAUCGAGGUUGUCGACGUCGAUGACUCAGUCGACAAUAUCGAACUCGACCCUGAACUCGCUUCGAUAGCGAAGGCAAUGAAGUCGUCAGCAGCCGAGCGCGCUCGAGAAGGUUCCGCUGCACCUGACGUAGGCGGCCCCCCGGUAGUGACUAUCAGAGUCAAAUGGAUUCCACAUCCCAAGAACCCGAUCGCCCGGGAGCAGAUUUGGGGUUUCAAAGUGAAGCGCCAUGAUUCAUUCCAUGCGUUGGUCGACGAGGUGGCCGAUUUGGCCGAAGUUAUCACGGACCAUGUCAUUCUCAGCUACGACGAUAAGAGAGUGUUCCCCUCUGCAACACCGCACAGCAUCGGACUCUGGGCAGAAGCUGAGUUAGAGGCCUGUGACAGAAUUACACAUGAAUAUCUUCAGGAGACCAGGCGACAGCGAUCUAUGUCUGUCCAGCCGCGCGACCACCAUCGGAUAGGUUCCCAGUCCCACGAGCGCUCACCUUCCGUCAUCCUGGAGGAGCUCGAGCCUACACCCGAACCCGAGACAGGCGCAGAGUCGACGGCAGGUGAAGAGGAAGAAGACGACAAGUUCCGUUUGACGCUACGGUCCGCAAAAACGAAGAACAUCACGCUCACUGUCCGCCCCUCGACGACGUGUGGAGCAAUUAUCAAGGCCUUCGUGAAAAAGGCUGGACUGGCUGAUCAAUACCCGGACGUCGGCGGUCCUGCUGGGAAGAAAGGAAAAGGAAAGAAUGCAGAAGGUCCUAGGUUGAUGGUGGAUGGCGACAAACUGAACCCAUCAUCGGAGAUCGGUGAAGCUGAUCUAGAGGACGGAGACCUCGUGGAGGUCGUUGGGCUGUGA